GUACGUAACCUGCGCUGGACAUCGACUCGCUCGAAUCCAACACUGGGAAAAUGUAUAUUGAUUUUUCAAAGAAAACUCAACCGAUGUAACAAAACACUGUUCGCGGAGUGUUUAUACGCGUAAUAAAACGUCGCGGUUGAUGUGUUGUAUUGCCGAGAUGGUGCGACGUCGUAUCUCGGCGUGUUUUAAGUGAGAUCAUAGUGUGUCGCGUCGCUAGGCCGUCGGCCUGGAGCCUGGCCUCGGCCAGGGCCUGGGCGCGCCAUGGACGCCGCUGACCCGCUGCGAACGGUUAGGCAGGAGGAGGGCGAGGAGAAGCCGAAACCGGCAGAAAGCCAGGACGAUGGUUACGAGACAAGCAACAGCGGCGAGGCGGCGCGGCGGAAACCCUCCAGUGCCGAGGCGUCUCCCGCGCCGCUACCUCCGCGCUCGCCCCCGCCCGAGCCCUCCUUCGAGCCGCUGCUCCAGCGACCCUUCCCCUCCCCCUACCGCCACUUCGAACAACCCCCUCCACCGCACGCCCACGAGCCCGACUACCAGCACUUCCCCUUCCCGAAAUACCCCCAGGACGCGUACGGCUACAAGCGGGACUCGGACGUGCCGUACGACAUGAGCCAACACCACCAGAUGCAACAGUACAAGCGCGAGGACAUGUUCAACGGCAUCAAGCAGGAGUGCGAGGAUCCGUACUCGUUCGUGGACGAGGACGCGAUGUGCGCCAUGCUCGGCCAACAGCACCACAUGCCGCAUAUGCAACACCACGACCACCACCCGCACCAGCACCCGCAUAUGCAGAUGCACCCGCAGCAGAUGAUGCUCAACCAGCCCAAGAAGCGGGGGCGAAAGAAGAAGAUCAAGGACGAGAAUGGCAUGGAGCUAAAGGAAGGUGCGGACGGCACUCUCAUCCCCCGGCCAGUGAAGGAGCGCAAGAAACACGAUCGCUUCAACGGCAUGAGCGAGGAGGAGGUGUCGCGGCGCACGCUGCCCGACCACCUCACAGAGAACCUGGACAUCAUCAUUAUCGGUAUAAACCCGGGACUUUUUGCGGCGUACAAGGGACACCACUACGCGGGCCCCGGCAACCAUUUCUGGAAGUGUCUCUACCUGUCCGGUCUCACGCGGGAGCAGAUGAGCGCUGAUGAGGAUUACAAGCUACUAAACUUUGGCAUCGGUUUCACGAAUAUGGUAUCGCGGCCCACGAAAGGUUCGGCGGACCUCACGAGGCGGGAGAUCAAGGAGGGCUCGGCAAUACUACUGGAGAAGCUUCAGACCUUUCGACCGAAGGUGGCCGUCUUCAACGGGAAGCUCAUCUACGAGGUGUUCUCGGGGAAGAAGGACUUUUGUUUUGGGAAACAGCCAGACACUAUUGCGGGGACUAAUACGUACAUGUGGGUGAUGCCGUCAUCGUCAGCACGAUGCGCGCAGCUGCCCCGAGCGGCAGACAAGGUUCCGUUCUACGCGGCGCUCAAGAAGUUCCGCGACUACCUGAACGGACUGGUGCCGCACGUGGAGGAAGCCGAGCUGGUGUUCCCCGACAACACCAGCCGCCGCCCGCAGGAGGAGAUGGAAAUACGAAGCAUGUCCAUCGCCAGGUUGACCAUGGAGCCGGAGCCUGGUGACACCAUCAUCCUCGAGGACGGCACUGAAGUCCCGAUGAAGAAGAAGCGCGGCCGCCCCAAGAAGAUUAAGCUGGAGAACGGGGAGGUGGUGCCGCCGGUGCAGAGGGCCCCUCGAGCACCUCGCCCGCCACCUUCCCUCGACCCCAACGGAGAACAGCCGCCCAAGAAGAAGCGGGGACGACCGAAGAAGAUCCGGCCGGAGGAGCAACAGUUCCUUCUGCAGCAACAGUCGCAGCAACAACCGCAGCAGACCACGCCAAUGCUGCAGCCGCAGCUGAGCUCUAUGACGUCACUGCCCCACGAGCAGUCGUUCAUGAGCCACAGCGGCGGCGAGUUCCCCGCGCCCAUGUCAUCACCGCUGCACCAGAGCAUGUUGUAUCACCAACAGCAUCCGCAUCAGCAGCAGAUGAACGACGGCUCGCCCUACUACCAGCACAAUAACGCAGGCAUGGAGUCCCCUCUCGAGGUGUCGGGCUCGCUAGGGCUGCGCGCGGGGUACGCGUCUCCGCGCGGCGUGUACGCGUCGCCGCGGUCGCAGCCCUACUCGCCCGGCCCGCAGCGACUCUCCGCCACGCCGCAACCGCAACAAUCACAGCAGUCGCAAGGCGCUCCGUAUUCGCAGUCGCCCGUUCCCGCGGGCGUGGUAAGCGCCCCGUUCCCGGCGGCGUCGCCCGCGGGCGGCGCACAGGGGACGGGCGCAGCGCCGGCCGCCGGGGGCUACACGCCGUCGCCCGCGCACACUCCCUACAGCCACCACUCGUCGCCCGCCGCGCUCACGCCCUCCUACACAGAGACUCACCACUUCACGCAGAGCGGUAACUCGAGCGGCGGCAACUACGGCGGCGAGUUGUCGCACGAAAUCGGCGCGGCGAUAUCGUCUCCCGUGGUGUCCCCGGGGAUGGCCGCGCUAGACUUCGAGCCCCCGCGCGACGACGCCAGCCCCAUGGGCAGCACUGACAUGCACCCGGGAAGCAACAGCAACUCCUCACUCUCAGACUACAAUAAGCAGUCAAGUGCGGGUGGGGCUGAAGUGUCUCCGGGAGGCGGAGUGGGCGUGGGCAGUGUAGGCCCCGCCUCCGUGGGGAACACGUUCAGCAAUAUGUACGAGCGAGACAACAUGAGCUACGACGCAGAAAAACCUCACGACUACCACUACCCACAGGAGCAAGGUAACGGUGUUGGAGACAGUCCGCGGUUAGAGCAGCUGCAUCAACACCCUUCAAUGUUCCCUAGUAAUUUUAAUAGGUCAACGCCGCCGGUGGGGGAGGAGGGAGCGUUUUCGCCGAUGUCUUCAACGGCGUUCCGACCCGCCGAACAUCAUGCGCCCGGAUCACCGAGCGAAUACGGCGGAGAAAGCGGGCCGGGCACGCCCAAGCCGAAAAGCCAGGACGUGUCUGCGAAAUCUCUGAGCGGGCUGGAGUCGCUCGUGGACCAGAUCCCCUCCAUCGCCGAGGGGGGCGCCGGGGCCCCCGCGGGCGACGCCCCCGCCCCCGCCGCGCCCCCCCUGCCGGACUACGCGCCCGCCCUGUACCCCCCCUACCCGGCGUACGGCGCGCCCGGCUACGGCAACAACGGGUACGGCGGCCCGUUCGUGGGCUAUGGCGGCGGCUGGGCCCCGCAGCUCAUGCGGCCGGCGCCCGGCUACCUGCCCGACUGGCAGUACGGGUACGCGGCGCCCUCGUACGCGCCCUACAACACGCCCUACUACAACGGGUACGCGCCGCCGCCGCCCGCGCACCACCAGCAGGCACACUACCUGUCGGCGAGCCCUCUCCUAGACCUUCACAAAAACGGCGAGCACAGUUCGGGAGUCCCGUCGGUGCCCUCAGUGCCCUCCGUGCCAUCAGUCGGCUUCGGGGGAUUCUGUUAGUGAAUCUCAAUCUACCCGCAACCCAGCCCCCUAGCCAGUGUGAUGCGACUCCCUUCGAACUGAUGAGCUUAAUUUGUAUCUUUUAUUUGUAAAUAUUGUAUGUAUUUAUUUCGAUGCAUCACACGUCUCGCUAGACAUCACACAUCGAGUCGAGUUCGAGUUUCGAGUUCUCUAAGAAGUCUCGAUACGCGUGGGGACGUGAAAGUACUUAAUUUUUAUUCGGAGCGUCUGUGAUCGGUUGAAAAAAAAUCUCUUGCCAAUGAUGUUUUCGUUUUCUAGUCACUUUGAUUCGUUACGGCUAGUCAAAUUUAUUAUUUUUGUUUAAAAGUGAUACCGAGUCCCCGCGCGCGUCGAAUCUACGGCCUACGAUAUUGUGUAUAACUUUUUAAUUUAGAUUUAGUUACUGUGACACUAUUUACAAAUCAUGUUAAGCAUUUUUAUACGCAGUGGUGAUUGUGAUGUACUUUAUUUAACGUUGCAACGCGGCCGCCAUUUUGUUUUGGUUGUCAUCCAAAGUGGCGGCCAUAUUAGCUCAAUUUAUCGGGCGUACGGGCCCGCUGUUGCAUUUCUACAUGUUACCCAAUCAGUUACAUAGCUUCGGACCGCUAGUGACUAGCAUAAUUUUAUUAUAUAUCUAUAUUUUUAAAGUGCGCCAUCUAUUGAUAACUUGUUGGAACUAGUGACUGGUUACACUAUUUAGGGUUAAUUUAAUGUUUUUUAUGCAUAAUAUUUGUAUAGGUGCUGAUACUGAUGGGUUCAGUUGUUAAAUGUUUGCCAUUGGCGAGAUGUUACCGACGUGUAGCCUCUUUUUCGCUUCGAAGUUGUCUUAUAUUUUGUCUUUAGUACGUUGUUCGUGUUUUAUUCGAUUAUGCGUAAACUUUACCUUCAAGCUGUCGUGCUGUUCCAAAUGGUGUGAAAUAAGGUUUGGCUGUUGACCUGAUUGGAAUAAUUUUUGAUCUGUAUCUUUAAAUGAUCGUAAUUAUCAAUCAAUCGUGGAACGUAAUUGUUUUGUGAUGUGUUAUUAUUGGAGAUGAUUUGCUUAAAAAUAUUCUUGAUACACAUGUGUUAAGUACUUAAUACAAUUAAAGUAUUUAUUUUACAACAGUUUGAAUUAGUACGACCGCUUGAAUGUAAAUUUGAAAACGCGUUUUUUUAUUGUUCCGCACUGGGGGAUCGGGAAUUGAAUGAUGUCUUGUACAAAAAAAAAAUCAUUUGAAUUGAUAUGUUUGCACAAAAUAAGUAAAUUAAGGUGAAAACGAAAUAACAUACGUAAUAAAGACAUAUACGCUAAAGAUAGGUUUACAUGAAAGAAUUUAUAUAAUAUAUUAGUGGUGGGAUUCGCCGUGGACGGUCGCUGUGGGUGAGCCGACGCUUUGCUCAGUGUAACGCGCCUUAAGAUGGUGCGGCGACGUUGUAGUCAAUUUUACAAACAAACUUUACCAAACACAUACAUAUUUGCUGCCUUGAGGUGUCCUUUACUACACUUCUUGUCUAUAAUUAAUCAAUACUUUAACUUUUAUCGGAAAUAUAUAACAUUUUACAAAAAAAAUAGAUCGAAUAUUUAUUUUCUUCUGGCGUUGGGGCGUCAGGCCCAACAAUUUUCGACUCAGACCAGGAUGGUAGAUAUUUUACGUCUAUUAUUACCGGACGGGUUUUAAGUCCUUCUUAACACGCUGUGUCCUAGUGAAUACUAUAUAUACACUUCGUCACGCCCGCAGUAUCGAUCUUAUAGCGGAAUUGACUACUUUCUUCCAUUCUUCGAAGGUAAAGCGGAAAACAAUCAACGAGAUAUUCCGGUGAUUCUCCUAGAAGGCUUAGAGCGCCUAGAAUUCUAUCCGGUCCGUCGAUCCCCACCUGACUCCAAAAGGAGGUGACAUUCCCUUGAAUUUCUGCUCCCUUCGUGUACUGCAUUAUGUUGUCAUGGGCGUAAUCAGGCACACGAAGAUUCUCAACACUACUGCUAAGUAGCUGGGCCUGAUUUCCGGGUGUAGUUAGAUCAAUAGGUCCACCAGCCAUUUUAGGCAAGUUACGCUCCAGCUAUUUGCUACAUCAUUGAGGUGGUCCAGAUCUCGCUUGAACGCAACGUUGUCGUAGUUGCUAGGAAUAAUAUCAUCCGGUUUGAGGAGUCGUCUCCCGUCCCAGCGAGCUCCCGGAAUCGGAGUGUUUCUGUAGAACUCCUCCCUAACAAGUUUCGGUGUAUGGGGAUCAUUCAGGGAUACGACGGUCUUGCGUAAGUUUGAUAACAAUAUAUUGGAGCAGUGUGGCAUGUAUCGUCCUCUAACGUACUUUUCUUUUGGAUAGAUGGAGAAUGCCUUUAAAUUCAAUAAUUUAAAGGCAUUAAGGCUGCGAUCUGAAGAGGCCUACUUAGACUUUACUUACGUAAAUCUAUGUUCAGUGUGAUAAAAUGCGAACUUGAUUUUUGCAUUAAUACAGCCCGUAUUAGUUUAAGACAUUAAGCUCAGCAUAAUUUCAGCUGUCAAAUGACUAUUAAUAAUGAAAUCAAAGAUUAUGCCAAGCUUACACUGAGCUCUGUACCAGUGGGAUUCUUCUUUGCAUUGGAUGCCGGGUGAAUUAUGGGUACCACGACGGUGCCGUGAAGCAGUAAUGUGUAAGCAUUAUUUUAGCUAGUGAAAUUACUGGGCAAAUGAGACUUAACAUCUUAUAUCUCAAGGUGACGAGCGCAAUUGUAGUGCCGCUCAGGGUUUUGGGUUUUUCAAGAAUCCUGAGUGGCACUGCAUUGUAAUGGGCAGGGCGUAUCAAUUACCAUCAGCAGACGUCCUGUUCAUCUCGUCCCUAAUUGUCAUAAUAAAAUAUUUUACGUAAUUGAAGUCUAAGUACGCUCUAUAGAUUUAAACCUAAGAUAUCUAGAUUUGAAAAGUUUUGUUUUUCGGACAUGACAAAUUAAGACACCAUUUUUGAUAUGAACAAAGAGACAUAAGGACGUAACGUAGGCUAAGUUAUAGAAAGAGAGAGCGUGUUAGUUGUGGAGAGAGGACGGGUAUAGUAAGGUUUUGCAUAUUUUUCACUUGUGAUAUUGUCUUGUAUAGUCGUGUGUGAUCUCUCCUUGUCUCUAUCAGAAUUUCGUGUCUAUGCCCCUUCACGUUUUGUUAUACAAACGUCGCUGCACUAUCCACGGGCUUUUUUAUUUUUAUUUAUUCGAUGACUAUCAGAUUUUUUUUAAAUAUAAUAAAAAAUGAAAUCAACAGGGUAUUUAAGAUUGCUUAAGAUUUAUUUUUAUUUAUAUUAUAAUAAUUAAUUUAGGCCUCGCGCAAUUGUGUUUUAGCGUUAUUUUUUUUUUCUUAUAUUUUUUUCAGUGUUCGGUAAUCGAAAAUCGCUUGUGAUAUAUUAUGUGUAUUAAUCGCAUUGUGUAUAUUACUUCUCCUCUUUGUAUUUAUUUUUAAUCUGUGUGAUGUUGGAACACUGAGUACACUUUCACACAAACCUUAGGAUAACUUGUGUGAGAGUGUUCUUAUCAAUUGGUUCUUUGUACAUAGAGAGUGCUUUAUUACGCUUUGAUAUAUUUAUUUACGUUUUUUCUGUAUUUUCUUGUAAUUUUACAAUGUUUUGAGUACCUAUGUAUGUGUUGAGGUCGACCCUGUGUAGUAGUGGCAUUACGUUUGUUUUAUUAAAUUUGUUUCGACAACUAUAUGUAACGUGCUCAUAUAAGUGUUAAGGUGUUAAUAUUCUUACAAACUUUUGCGUACGUGAUAUUAUAAUGCGUAGUUGUUUACACAAAUUCACAUUUUUUUUUCGCAAAAAAGUUUUACAUUACAAUAGAGGCGAUGUUUCAAGCGUCGCUGGAUUUAAAUUUAGUAUCAGUAAUAAACUAAUAACCGAUUUGUCAGGUUUUAGAUAUCUAUCAUCAUCUGAUUAACAAACACUGAAAUGUUUUAAUGGCGCCAUUUUGAAUGUGUUGACGUAAUGUCACCCACAACUAAGGGUCAUUGGCCUGCCCUCGAAUAAUUUGUGAUGUUAUGUCAAAUGUCAACUCCACGGAGCGGUUACAAAGAGUAGAUACUAUUAAACGACAUAAUAAAUUCAUAUAUUGGUAUAGUUUUUUAUUAAUUUCAGCAGUAUUUUAACGGUAUUGGUGUAUUUUACUAAAAUACUAUUUUGAGGUUUUAUAAAUAUUCGGUUUCAAUAAUGUGUUAUAUGAAAUUAAUGCAUGUAGCUUUAGAGUUCUUUCGAAAAAAAUUGAAGUUUUCAUUGAUAUGAAAUCUAUUUAUAAAAUUUGUACUCUUUGUUGCUUCUCCGCACAUAUGUGUUCUACUACUCGAAUAUACCAUCUAACUUAGAGCAAUGUUGGAUAGUAGUUUUCUCUUAUUUCGGUAAAGUCCUGCCGGCUAGCAGGAAGAAUUUCGUACGUUAACCUUUAUUACCUGUCUUUGUCACUUACGGGUAAAUGUAAUGCGUCUUGCUCGCUUUACAAUCCGUGAGGACGGCAGCCAUAGCAUCUGUGCGAGGGAGACGCAUUAUAUUGACGCGGGAGUGACAGGGACAGGUAAUAAUAACAGGUCAACGUACGAAAUUGUUCGUGUUUAGCGGCCGGACUAGUUUAUUUGGUAGCACUAGGCGUGUGGGAGCGCCCGCGUCUGUCGUUCGCGGCGAGCGAGGUGAUUGACCCCGAGGAGCUAGCUGUAAGUGUCUAUCAACGAGUUAGUUAUAAUGUUUGUUGUACGCCGGGCGCGGGUGGCCGCUGGCGGUCACUUAUGUGUUGCCGUACUAAACGUGUACAACAUUUAAGGAAAACGAAAAAUGUAUUAGAUCGUUAGCUUCACCACACCAUUGAUCUUUUAUUAGUGGUGUGAUACAAUUGAGCAAAUCAUUUCGGGACAAUGGCACUCGAAUGUUCACCAACACGUGACCGCCCAGCGAACAUGACGUCACGCGCGCUCGGCACGUCGCCUAUCUCUCUAAGUAUCACGGGCGCGCGCGCAACUCGCCCCUAUUCACAUGUACUUAAGUCCCAUAAUCGCGCGAGCUGCGCGCGGCCCAUUCGAUUAGUGUUGGCCGGUGUUAUGCAUUGAGUCGCUCAACUUUGUACAGCGUGUAUAUUUUUGUAAAAUUCAAUUUCUCUUUACUCGUGGCAAUAUUAUAUCUUUAUCGACUAGUACAAUUAUUGUUGUUUUGUUUAACCUUCGUUUGCGAUGUCGCGUCAGCUGAUCGGUGGGGCGCUGCCGUCGACAAGACUGAAUGAUUUUAUCGUCUAUGUUGUAUAGUUGCCCGACUCACGCGAUCGCCCGUAGAAUAUGUCACCCGUUUGGCACGGCUCGCCAAAACUAUCUCUUUGUUCGUUAAAACAAUCUCAUACGGUGCAAUAUAAAUAAAUAGACAGAUAUAAAGGUAUGAUGAGAAAUCAAUAGCUGUGUUAUAACUUGGUGUUAAUUAUUAUUAUCGCAUCUAUAGGUUCAACUUACAAUACUUACUACAAUCUACAUAUUAAUUUAUAUAAUAUUCAUUGUCCGAUACUUUUUUGGCCCCUCGUCGUUUUCGGCAAGAUAUACUAAUGCCAAAUAAAGUUGGAGAAAUGCAGAGUUCAAGUUAAACAACAGUACAUUAUAUUUCGUUUACUGUGCCAAACUGGUGAUUACUUUGUUCGCGAUAAACGUGAAAGAGUUAUAAUUAAUUUCGAAUGGCCCAAAUUUUUUUUAAUGCUUCUCAUGGUUUAUCGCGUUCAAAACAUACUAUUUUCUAACUAUCAUUUGUUUACCAAGCUACAGACGUGAGUAGAAUUUGUAAAAACAUAUUUUAUAUAAUUCUGCGUAUGUUUGUGCGUACGAGGGCGAAUACGCCAUUGGUUGUGAAAUAAUUGCUUGUCGCCAGUCGAACGCAUGUAAACGUACAGUCAUAUCGUAAACUUUAAAUAGGGGGAAUGAAACUGGGAAGAUUAUUAUGGCAACACAUAUAUAAUUUUGGGGAGAUUCAAAUUAUACUGAAGCACUUAGCUAAUUCCACAAAUACGUUAAAAAAUAUCAGAUAUAAAAAAUAGGAAAGAAAAGAAAUGUCUUUACUAAUUUCUACUUUCAAUCCAUAUUUGGGAUAUAUUUUAUUCUUACAAUUUUUAAUAUUGUGUGGUAUUAUUCCCUCAUACAUGCAUUGUAAUGUCAGUAUUGCCAGCGCCGAUGCAGGAAUUCCUAAGCAAUAACUUACGAUAUAGAUAGUCUAUGUAUAGAGCAAUAAAUGUUUGCGUUCGGUGAUGUGUCAUUUUGAAUCUGUAGUCACGAAACUGUUUAGGGUCACAGACUACAAAAAUUUAGUUGGAGCAAAUAUGAUUAACCAGUCAAAUUUAAUUUUUCAUCAGAUAUAUUAUAUUGUAAUUCAGAUAUUUUGUUAUAAUUGUGCAUUACAGUGUUUUAUCUAGUGUUGCCAACUUUAUAUGGUGUAAGAGAAAUGCUAAAUAAAAAUAGAGAGAAAAAAGUUGUUUUACAAAACUGUAUCGGACUUUUCUACAUCUAAAUUUAAACUAAUUUAUUUUGUAUACGCAAAAUAUUUUUGAGACUACAAUACAAUCUGAGAAAUAAAUAAUACAGUUGGCAAGACUAGUUAUCUAAUAUUAAAUCGUAUUUGCGAAUGAUAAACACAUCGGAUGUCAUAUAUAUUGAACACUUAAAUUUUUAACCGUCUGUGCGUAUCUCAAUCUGUGUUAAAGUAAACCGUAUUGCGAUUCUCUCGUGAAUAUUUAAAGUUGCCCAUUUUUGUUGUGUGUUGUUACGACACGUGUCCGAAAGGUGACGGAUAUUAAUCUAGCUCAAUUUUUCUUAAUUAAUUUUAAAUCGUAAUUUAUUGUACUGUGUACAAGCUUGUUACACCUGAGCCGACAACAAUUGGGUUAUAGAUAAAUGUACAAUAUUGGUUAGUUCGCGAUUAAUAAUGGUUGAAUAGUGCUAACUUUAGUUUCAACGUUGAGACAUAGACUGGGAGGAUAAAAUGGGUGGAAUACAUUAGGAAUAACAGUGAACCUAUGUAUUAACCUAAGAUCAUUUAUACGUCUAGAUAGACUGUGGCAGCUGUGAAAAUGUCAAAAAAAUAAAUAGAGGUUGACUGUUAACCUCUAUUAAGAGCAAUGCACGAUAAUAAACCCGGUCUGUUUUCAUCUUCCGUCUAGCAGCAAGAGGCUCUAUCUAGACGUAUAAAUUAUCUAAGGUUUUAUUUUAUUUAUCAAAAAUAUAUUUGGUGUCCUCGCCAAAAAACUGGUGUGGGUAUUGGAGGCUAUAAAGGUUGCGGUAAUCACUUACCAAGAUACUCAAAUAUUUUUUUCAAAUUAACGUUUGAAAAUUACUUACUUAUAACUAAGUGGUUUCAGAUUCGCAAAUAUGCUACAGACCUGAGAAGCACGUGCGAAAGAAACCUAGCGGAUAUUUUUUUUAAAUAAUUAAAUUAAUUUACCACUGGGAGGCUCGUUUGCACAGGAUGCCGGUUAGAUUAUGGGUACCACAACGGCGCCUAUUUCCGCCGUGAAGUAGAAAUAUGUGAGCAUUAUUGUGAUUUGGGUCUGAAAGGCGCUGUAGCUAGUAAAAUUUCUGGGCAAAUGAGACUUAACAUCUUGUCUCAAGGUGACGAGUGCAAUUGUAGUUCCGUUAAAUUUUUUUCAAUUUUUUGGAGUUUUCAAGAAUUCUGAGCAGCACUGUGUUGUAAUGGGCAAGGCGUAUCAAUUACCAUGAGCUGAACGUCCAGCUCGUCUAUAGCCUGGGUCUACUCCGGUUUUGUGGUGACUUUUAGAAAGUAAUUUUAUUACCUCACAAAUGUUUUGUACAUUUUCUGUGAUAUACAUCGCCCAACAAAAGACUAACUGUACUUAACUAAUUAAUAGAGACAAUACAAGUUUGUGUUUUUUAUUCGUUUAACAAUUAUGAUAAUCACAAUUUCUAAUUAUUAAAUGGAUUUUCGAUUUGCAUCUUUUAAAAUUUAUGAAAGUUAAAUCCUAGUAGUUAAAGACGUAUUCAAAACAAAAAAUAAAAAUAAUGCAAUUAUCAAUAUUGAUGUAUCAGUGAUGCAUUGGCAACACUGGCAGUUUGAAAGUGGAUAUGGAAUAAAUUAAAAAAAAAUGUAAGUGCUCCUUCUAUGAUAUUCUCCUAGUCUAUGGUUGUAGUGGUUAUGUUUCAAGGUUCAAAUCGGCUGAGCCAUCUCCAUGCUGCAUAGUACUCAAACGACUCGCAUUUUAAUAUUACGGUGCUUAUUUCUUGGUAUAUUAUGUUGACGCGGCGCGACUCUGUCUCUUAUCAAAGCAAUGGGUUCCUAGACAAUUUAGUAUUUUGUAUUUGCGAACUGCCCUUCGUCAAAUUUGAUACAUAUUCCAAACGUGUUAUGACUCAAAUUUGUUUAAAAGUACAUUCAAAUUCAAACGCGUUCCUUUUUUAAAUUGUGACAAUUUAUAUUAUUAUAAAAUUUAUUUAUAAACAGUAUUAUUGUUUAACUAUUAUUAGGUGAAUCGUCGAUACGCAAAUACAGAUAAAAAUAUUUUAUACGAAUUAGUCAAUUAUUACGAAAGAGACGCAACCGCCACUACCGUAGCGCGCCGCGUCCGAACGCGCGUUUAAAGUACAAUUACUAUAUCUUUAUAUAUUAAUUAAUUAAUUAUAGUACAUAAAAUCUGUUGUCACUGUCGCGUGUUCUCGCCCCGUGAGAGCGCUGUGUGUCCGUUUAUAUAAUUACUUGAAAACUAGCGUAUAAUAAUUGAUAAUGUUUGUACAGUUUUUAACAAUACUUCUCGUAGUGUUAAUUGAGGUGAAAAAUAUUUUUAGUAUAUAUUUAAGAUCUAAUCGAAUUAAUUUCUAGUGUAUCAUAAUUAACACAAGUUUCGAAAUUUCAUUUUUAUCUUUAUAUUACGGUCCUAUAGGUUUUGUUUCGAUUGAUUGUCACGCCUGGAUUGCAUCGCCGUGGAAUGUAAUUAGAAAUUUAACUGGAAGAAUUUUAAAUAAAUUAAUACAACAUUAUAAUUAUAUAAGUAAUGUAUUAUAAAUAGGUAUAAGGUAAAAAGUUAUUAACAUUGUAUGGAAAUUGUGACAAAAUUAUAGUCAUUUGUAAUAUUA